UUCUUCCCUAAUUACUGCUUAACAUACGCAAAAUUCCAUCUUCUGUCAUCUCUAUUGCCCAACCCCCACCACUGCCAGUAUGGCUUUGCCCCCAAUCAUCACCGCUACCAUACAGUCCGCGGUUCUCGCAGCUACAUCCAAUCUUCUAGCGCAGAGUCUGACUGCAUAUCAGAAUGAGGCACGUCUUGUCAUAGACUGGGUCCCCGUCUUCCAGUUUGUCGUAUACUCACUUGUCAAUGUACCGCCCAAUUUCUUGUGGCAAGAGUUCCUAGAAUCUACAUUUCCAGCAUAUCACACAACCCCUACAUCGGCUGCCGCGAAUGAUGAGAAGGCGCUUGAGCGAGAAGCCAAGAAAGGGAAACUAGUAGAACCCAGGUUAAAUAUCACCAACACAGCCAUCAAAAUGAUGUUAGACCAAACCAUUGGCGCCGCUGUCAAUACCCUUUUAUUCAGCAUUUUUAUGCAUUCGAUCCAGUCGGCUAUGGUCGAGCCUCCAGGCGCAUCUUUUAGCGGCUCAGACAGCAGUACUCAAUACGCGUUCCCCCUGAGCCCCAUUGGCUACGGUAAGGUUAACUGGUCAGAUGUGGUAGCGCGUAGCCGUGCCGAGUUCUACUCCAUUCUUGUCGCUGGCUGGAAGGUGUGGCCAAUUGUGAGCUUGAUCAAUUUCGCAUUCAUCAAGAGCAUACAAGGCCGCAACCUUGUUGGGAGUCUCGCUGGUGUGGGCUGGGGGGUUUAUAUGAGCCUCAUCACUGCUCGGCAAGAGUGACAGGGACAAUAACGAUGACGCCCGUACGUGCGUCUAGCUCGUCAUCUGCGCACAUCAGAUGUCCCCCUUAUAGAAAUAGAGGACCCGCUCCGUUUAAAAUUUCCGUCAACCUCACUAAUAACCUUCCCAGCCCGUAAGUAUUUGACGGGCAUUGUAACGAACGCUUCAAAGGUGCGUCCUCAAGUCAAAUAUAUUCGAAUGGCG